CGAUAGCUCUGCAAAACCUCUAAAGGUGUCCUCCAGGCACCAAGAUGUCAGCAGCAGAGCCUUCGUUGUCGUGAUCUGUAGAUCACGCUAUUUUUUUCUUUCUUUCAUAUCCUUCGUCACUGAGAUUGCGAUGUGGGAAAUUUUCAGGCCACACCUUGAUCUGUUUAUGCUUCUCAAACCAUUCCAGAGCACAUUUGCAGUGUCAAUUCUCCUGGUGGAAGCUGAAAUACAGUGAAUGCAUUUGCAUGGUCUGCUGGAGUGUCUCAAAAGUGCGUCCUGCUGCUACCAGGUGAAAGAGGUGCACGCACCCAACCAUCAACAGGACUCACGAUCCUGCUUAUGUGCACAUUGUACCAGAGACAUGGGACAGGAUGGCCACUGCAUUAAAUCACUCAGUUCCUUGUGCUUGCCCAUUUCUUUCACUUCUAACACGUCUGCUCCAAGAACUUUCUGCCUAAUGUGUCUCACUCCCCUCACAUUUACCACUGUAUUCCUUGUUAUGUUGGUGGUUUCAAUGUUAUGACUGAUCAGUGUAUAUAAGCAUGUUGAAGCAACAUGAUUUUUGCCAAACAAAUUUCCCUGUUCUAUUGAUUUCUUUUUUUCUCUUCUUUUUAAUAAAAUCUGAAUACGUUUUUUUACUGUUCAGCUUUUAUUGCUUAUUUGCUGUCUCAUUUUUAUAUUCCAGGAAGUUCCCUAUGAAGCAGGGAGUGUCUGCAUUUUAUAUGCAGAAAAUGGUCUGCAGUUCUCUGCUUCCUAGAUGCCUCUUCUCUGACCAUGGAAGGCCCUCGCAGUGCUUUUUCCACCUCUUCCAGCUCCACCAUGCAUUCCAGUAAUCUAACCAAUGACCAGAAACCAGUUAAAGACAGUAAUGUUGAUCCAGACGACACCAGGAGUACCAAAGUGGUACCAGAGGCUGCUGGAGCAGAACGUGGAAAUGGUAACGGCAGGGGCAGCGGCGAGCUAGCAGGAGGAAAAGGUGUAACAACCCAGGAAGGCCCACUGCAUCACCCACUGACUCCAUCAAAGCGUCGCACCGUACUGAACAUCUCGCCACCUCCAGAAGAUUUGUUUGAUGACAGCCAAAUGUCCUGCCAAGAUGAUGGGACCCAGGAUACAGAGCAAAGUAACAGCAUCUGGAUGGAUGAAUCUCUGUCCAACUUCAGUGUGACGAGCACGCUGUCUUACAAUGACAACACAGAGGUGCCACGGAAGUCCCGCAAACGUACCCCCCGUCAAAGGCCUGGCCCUAAGACGGCGCCAGCAGGGGAGGGCAGCAUGGAUGUGUUUGAUGCAGACAGUGCCAAAGGCCCACACUUUGUCCUGUCGCAGCUAGGCCCUGACAGCAAGGGAGGACAUAAAGGAAGUGCUGAUGAACCUCAGACUACUAUUCAGAAAGGAGGAACUCUCUCGAUGCAGUUCCCACAAAAGAGUGAGGGGAAAGAGUUGAAGAUCCUCGUCCAGCCUGAGACCCAACACAGAGCCCGCUAUCUGACCGAAGGCAGCAGAGGAUCCGUGAAGGACCGCACUCAGCAGGGCUUCCCUACUGUAAAGUUGGAGGGAGUGAGCGAGCCAGUGGUUUUGCAGGUGUUCGUUGGCACCGAUGCCGGCCGCGUGAAGCCUCAUGGGUUUUACCAAGCCUGCAGGGUUACUGGUCGCAACACCACAGCCUGCAAGGAGGUUGAUAUUGAAGGCACAACUGUUAUCGAAGUGUCCCUGGAUCCAAGCUCCAACAUGACCCUAGCGGUGGACUGUGUUGGGAUCCUGAAGCUCCGCAACGCUGAUGUAGAGGCUCGCAUUGGGGUGGCCGGAUCAAAGAAGAAGAGCACACGUGCUCGGCUCGUGUUUCGGGUCAACAUCCCCCGUCCAGAUGGUUCAGUGCUUACACUACAGACUCCCUCAUCUCCAAUCCUGUGUACCCAGCCAGCAGGAGUGCCUGAAAUACUGAAAAAGUCACUGCACAGCUGUUCAGUGAGGGGUGGAGAGGAGGUCUUCAUCAUUGGAAAAAACUUUCUUAAAGACACCAAAGUCAUAUUUCACGAGAAUGCCUCUGAUGAGAAGUCAUGGAAGGCAGAGGCUGAAAUUGACAUGGAGCUUUUUCACCAGAAUCACCUGAUAGUAAAGGUUCCUCCCUACCAGAACCAAGUCAUCACAUCUAAAGUGUGUGUAGGAAUCUACGUGGUGACGAAUGCUGGGAGAUCCCAUGACGUUCAGCCAUUUACUUACACUCCAGAUCCAGCAACAAUCGAUGUUCCUGUGAAGAAAGAGUUGCCUUCUCCAGUGAAGACGUGUUCUUUUGAUGAGCAAAUUAAAGUAAAGAGAGAAGAUGUCACUCCAAUGGAGGUGACAAGCAACCUUCAGUCUUCAGGAGUAUUUAAGCAGACUGGUGAUCUGUGCCCAGCCCAGCAGAACUCUGAUAUGACAGCAGGACAUCUAAAUAAAAACAGAGUAUUCUCCAGCAACCUGUCUCAGCCUGCAGGUGAUCCUGACAAAGGCCAGGCGCCUGUUUUUACCAGCGCUGAGCCCUUAAGCACCAUCCAGAAGCAGGACAUUGUUGCGGGCAGCUCGUUCUCUGUGCCUGCAGACUCUCUGCUUCAGCAAGGAUCACAGCAGUUCCUUUUGGAGACCAGAGAUGGCCUCAGGCAGGAGAGGCCAGGUGUCAGUUCUGGAGCUGUGGGAAGGUUGUGUGGGGAACCUGCAUCUCAACCGCAGCAGCUGCCACUCUUUCCUCCAGAUGAAGUAGCCCAGCUGGAAGAAGCAGUGAGACAACUAAAAGCCAAAGGAUACUGUAACUUAUCACUUCAAUCUGACAACCCUAUAACCAAACAGCAGCAGCAACACAUCCAGCAUCAGCAACAGAUCCAAAAACAGCAAAUUCAGCAGCAGCAGCAGCAGGUUAUGGAGAAUCUGCAGCAGCAGCUGUUUCAGUCACAGAUGCAGAUGCACUGUGCCAUGUUUCAGGAUGCAUCCCAGGCCAAGAAUGGAGAGCUUCAGGUCUCAUCACCAGGUGUGGUGACUAACCAGGGAUCACUUUUCCAGCCGGACCAGCAACAGCAACAACAGCAACAACAACAGCAGCAGCAGCAGCAACAGCAAGCAGCUCUUUUUCAGCAGGCAAAUGAUCUUCUUUCUAUCCAGACAAACUUCCUCCAGCAGACCCCAUCUCACUCUUCACCACCGAUGUUUCACAAUCCCAGCACUCUGGCAGAAACGCAGGAUCCACAGGGGGCGCUGUUUCAAAAAGCCUCCCAGGAACAGGUCCAGGCUGCACUCUUCCAAAGCACCAUGACAGUGCUACAGUCUCCAGAGCAGCAAGCCUCAUCCCCUGGACUCUUCCUCCCCCAGACCUCUAUGUCCAAUCAGCUUUCAAACAACAGUUCCCAGCAACAGCAGCAGCAGCAGCAACAGCAGCAACAGCAGCAGCAGCUGGCCUUCCUUAGCGCUUUACAAUCUUCUUCCCCUGAACCACAGUCAGUAUUUCAGACCCAGAUCUCCCCCAUCCAGCAGAGAAGCCCCAUGGAGCAGGAGCAACCAUCUCAGCCUCAACACCACACACAGCCAGCCCAGCAGGCCACCCUGUUUCAGAACAUCUCCCCACAUUCAUCUACAAAUUCACUUUCUCCAGGACAGCAGCAGCAGCAACAGCAGGCUGGCUUGCUGUUUUGCAGCAACACACUUUCCACACCAGACCAGGGCUCUAGCAUCCUUUUCAGCAACCAAGGCCAAAUGCCUCCUUUGACCAACAACAGUCUAGUUUCUCAAGAGCCCCAAAACACCCCUCUGCCCUUUUCUCAAGCCAACAUGGUGACGGUAACCCAGCAAGAUCGCCCAGAACCCAUGACCUUAGGGAACCCUACUGAACCACCACAGCAAGCCAUGUUUCAGGAGCAACAACCUAUGCAGCUGGGGAACAGCAGCAACAGAGAGGAGCAGCCUGUGGGUCUCUUCAUGCCUCAGUCCACUAUGGCCUCUCUGCAGGGGGGUCUGGCCGCUCAGGAGCUUGCACAAUCAGCCGUGUUUGCCUCACAGAAUGGCGUGGCAAACCUCCAGACAACUACGUCCUCCCCUGUUCAACAGCCAGGAUCUCUGUUUCAAACAGCUGUGAGUGGGAGCGUCAAUCAAUCCAGCCAGCCUCAACAAGCUGGCCUCUUCCUUUUCGGUAUCCAGAACGAAUGCGGCCAGUUGAUGGAAACUCCUGGAAACACGCUGUCAGAUCAGAUAAUAGCAAUCAGCCAGUCUGGUCAGAACCAGAGAGAGAGUGAAGCGCACAUCCAGUCCCUGCUCAGCCAGUCCCUCUCUCAGUCUGGCACUGUGCCGAACACCAUGUCUGCCUCUCAGAACAUGGAGAAGAUUGACGAUCUGCUGGUCAGCCUGCAGGAGCCGGGCAGCAACAUAACUCGUUCCUACUAAUUGAAUGCAGGUUUAUAACUUUUUCUUUCUUUAAAAAGUUUUAUAUGUGGAAAGAUUGUAAAAAUUUGUAGGUCCAAAUAUUGUCUCUUAGGAAUUUUAUGUAAGUUAAACCUUUAAAAUUAACCCUCAGUGAUGUGUUUAUUUGUGGUCACUUCAUGUUUUGUUUUUUUCUGAACUAUAUGCAUAUGAUUUGGUCUUCUUUUAAGGGUGUGUUAGGAAAGAACAGUUAAGAUGAGCUAAAGAUUUUAUAGUGAUCAUGAAGAUAAAGUGGACAAAUUAAUAUUCGGAUAACUAAAAGAAAUGAAACAUAAACAUCUCUAACUCAAUGACUUAAUGGCUGAAAAUGGCAAUGGACUCCAGAGAAGGAAACUUCCGUGAAACUUUGAAAGAUGUUGAAUUUAGACCUCGGGAAAGACACUAGCCAGCAAUCCUUGGAAUUUGUUAGAUUUCUAUCUGUAAGUAGAAUUUCACUAAUGUUAUUAGCAGUAUCUUUUAGUUCUUGUGGUGUUUUCACAAAUCACAUUCUUUUUUCUUUCUUUCCUUUUUUAAAAACGUUUGUAUUUUGGUUGCACGGAGCAUGGAUUGUGUGACACAGUGAGAGGAGUGCAGUAUGUAGGGGUUGAAGGGGUUUUAGUUCAAGGACCACAUGAAAUCAGUUUGAUUUCAUUUCAGUGGGUGUUAGGGCAGUUGAAUCACUGAACUUCAACUUUAAAAAGUUUAAUAAACAUAAGAUAACGAAUCCUCCAUUUUUCAAAAAGAAAACAAGAACCAACAGUCUGAGAUGUUUUUGGUUUAACCUCAGUGUAGCAUGACAGGCCAUGAGUUAUUUCUUUUUCAAGAGGGAGUUGGUUUAGACAGCCACUCUCAUUAGUUGGAUGAUUUUUAAUUACUUUUAACUACUGCUAUUAAAAAAAACCAACAGACUGAAGAGACCAAAGAUUGUGGAAGUUCUACAGUUUGUUAAAGUCUUCGAGUGGGCUGAUUUGGCUCCUCUGCCCUCAUGUUUGACACCCCUGGUAGGUAGCUUCUGUUGAGUCAUGUGAUCCAACAGUGUAGAAAAUGUGAAAGAAGGCUGGAGCAGGCAGAGAAAUGAGAGACAAAGGACGAGCUGUAAAAACGAAUACACACUAAUCUUAUGUAAUAUCGCAAUUAAGUUUUGUUUGUUUGUGGGUAAUAUUUCAUUGUUGUAGCAGCAAGCUUGCACCCGAUAGUGUAAAUAAAUCCGCUUUAGUUGUCUUUGUCACAAAGUGACUUUGGUUUCAUCGAUGAUGGAAGCUCAGAUGCUCACUAGGUGUGCUGUACUUUUCUGUGUUAUAUUUUGCUGCAAAUCAGUCUUGUCAAGGCCAGUUGAGUAGACUGAUGACUAUAAACUAAAAUAUUUGUAGUUCAAGCAAAGCUCGUCAGUGCGGAUGUGAAACACACACCAGUCAGCCACAAUAAUAAAACCUUCAAUAGUUUAAUGCAGUUUAUCGCCCCGCUGGGAGAAGUUGGUUCCUGACAUUCAUGAGGAUAACUGGACCUGUUGUUUGACCAGCGUGAAUACAGCUCAAGGAACAUCACGCUUCCCAGAUCCCAGUGAUGUCAAGCAUCGACAGUUUGAGCUGGAACAAGCCUGGUCUACGGACUCCUCAAUUUACUACCGACCAAGUCCAGAAGGAUCCUCGCCACCAGAGAUCAGGACUCUGCCAGAGGUGUUCUUGAGGGACCCAUGCAAUAUUAGGAAGAUGGGUUUUAAUGUUGUGGCUGAUCAGUGUCUUUUUGAGUAUGAAAUACUUUGCAGUAUCCACCACAGUGUACAGGCUUUGUAAUGACGGCGUGACAAAAUUUAAGGCAUUUAAAAAAAAAAAAUCAUCACCAGGAGGCAGCAAGUUUGCCUGAAGCUGCCUCUUCUGCAUUGUUUACAGUGAAUAUGAAUAUGGAUCAUAAAAACAAAUUACCACGAGAGUCUGAUUUAAGCCAGUAUCGCUAAAUGUGCCCAAAUUAGUUACUGUAUAACAAAAAUGUUUUAUAACAGUGUGAAUUUUUGACAUCUAUGUUACAACUGUCACUGUUCAUUCACAGAAAAAGCUAAAACAUUAUUAGUCCUUUAUUUUAUUUAUCCAGGUAAAAAUU